GGUGCACCCGUGAAGAUGUGGCUGCGCGCAUGGCUGCUCUGGGCCGGCCUGCUCCACACCUGGGCGGAUUGCGCGCGCCACGCCGAACAGGAAGGCAGGCACCUGUGUGCAGCAGAGCAAGGCUCGGACGCCAGGUCAAAGGGCCACAGGGGGCCCAAGGAGCGUACCGGGGAGGGUCAGGGCCCGGAGCAGAAGAACCACCACGUACCGCCUCGUAAGAUGAGGAGAAUGCAGCGGAGAAAAGGUUGGAGGGUGCAUGCGGAGGAGGAGGAAGGGGGGGUGGUCCCCCGCAUCCUCCACCACCCCUCCGACGUGGUGGUCAUGCUGGGCUACCCGGCCACCCUCUCCUGCCGGGCUGAAGGCACGCCCAAGCCCGCCAUCCAGUGGCUGCGCAACGGCCAGCCGCUGGAGACCAACAGGAGGGACGGCCAAUCGCAGACCAUGGUGCUGUCGGAGGGCAGCCUGUUCUUCCUGAGUGUGGGCGGCGGGAGGCGGGGUCAGACGCAUGAGGGCGUGUACACCUGCGUGGCGAGGAACAGCGUCGGCAUGGCGACUAGCCGCAACGCCUCCCUGUACAUCGGAGUACUGCGACAGGAGUUUGUCGCGCAGCCUGAGGACGUUGAGGUGGACGAGGGGGAGGUGGCCGUCCUCAACUGUGUCCCCCCGGAGGGACACCCCGAGCCCAGCGUCACCUGGAGGAAGAACGGUCUCCCCAUCAACACCAGUGACCCCAAAUACACAGAGCGGAGUGGAACGCUCACCAUCUCCCCGUCAGAGAAGAAGCACUCUGGGAUGUAUGUGUGUGUUGCCUCCAACGCUUUGGGGACCAGAGAGAGCCGGGCCGCACACCUCUCCGUUCUGGCCAGGCCCCUGCUGCUGCAGAAGCCAGAGGACGUGACGGUGAGGCAGGGGGAGUCCGCUACCUUCUACUGCCAGGCCCGCGGAGACCCAGCGCCCGCGGUGGAGUGGAGCAGAGAGCAGGGCCCGCUGCCCAACGGCAGAUAUCUGGUGAGUCCAGACCAGAGUCUACAGGUCCACUACGUGACGCUGCAGGAUGCAGGACGGUACACAUGCACCGCUGUGAACGACAGAGGCAUGGCAAACGCCAGCGCACAUCUCACUGUCCAAGACACUGGUAAACAGAAGGACCUCCACAAGGAGCUGUCAGCUCUAAGGGUGGAACUGGAAAACAUCACCAUUUUGGCUGCUGGAUCCAAAAUGGCCCAUGUUCAGUGGAAGCUCCAGUCCCAGCCCGCCCAGCCGCACUACCUGGACGGCUUCGAGGUGCUCUACCGCGUCCUGCAGCCAGCCGGCUCAGAGUGGGAGGCCAGGAGGGUCACCCUGCCCAGCUUCCUGACCCAAGUGGGCCCCCUGGAGAGAGGCUAUCAGUACGAGUUCAAGGUCCGCCCCUACGGGGGAGACCUGUACGGCCGGGAGAGCAACACACGACACCUGAGGGUGCCUGAGAUCGCGCCCGGUGAGCCCCCGUUGGCCGUGUCCAUCGCUGUGCACCCCGAGCUGAACCACACCGUCCACCUGACCUGGGAGCCCCCCCCGGUCCAAGCCCACAACGGUGUGAUACGGGGCUACCAGGUCUGGUGUGUGGAGCAGCAGGAGAAGCGGUACCAGAACUGGACGGUGGACCGCGGGCGCCACCGGCUGGAGAUCUCCGCCCUCACCCCCGACAGGCGCUACUCCGUCACGGUGGCCGCCGUCAACGGAGCGGGGGUGGGAACACGCAGCGAGGCCCUCGGCUUUUACAUGGACAGUGAGAAGCGCAUCGCCCCCGGGUCGGGCGACAGGAGCGGAGACACGUCCUCCGAGCUCGUGGCGGUCCUAAAGAACCCCUUGCUGAUCGGCAGUGCUUGCGCCCUCUUGUGGUGCAUCUUGAUGACGGCGGCCCUCUGCCUCUACAGACGUUACUCCAGCUCAGGCUUCCUGGGGUCGGGGCGCAAGAGGAGCAAAGGUUUGCAUCGGCUAGCCAGUGAAGACCUCAUCAUUAAACACAGGAUGGCGACGCCCGAUUCCCCGUGGAUGUCGGGCGCCUGGAGACCCAUGCACUGUAACCCUGAGGUGUACAAGAGCCUGUGGGCGGGGGGCCAGGAGAAGGCCUUCAACAGGGGCUCCAGUCUCCCGGUCAUGAGCAAGAAGGACGUGGGCUACCUGGACUCGUCGGUGCGCAUCGUGUCCGACAGCUGCGGCGUCUACGGCACCUUCUACGUGGACCUGGUGGGCGGCGGCCUCAAGACCUUCAACAGCCCCGCCCGCCGUCCCAGGAUGCACCACGGCCCUCCGGAGCAGCAGCAACGCCACGACGGCAGUGACGGUGUCCGCGGAGGCGAGACCAUCUGCAUUGCGGCCGGACCGGUUGCCAAGGCGACCCCGCCUGCGUUGCCGUGGAAACAGGCCGUGCCUCCGCGGCCCAGGAUGGGCGUGCUGAGAGAGCCUUGGGAGAGGAGCCAGAGCAAGCAAGAGCUGCAUGCAGUCAAGAGCGUUCCCCUGUUGAACACCACCCACCAGAGCCAGAGACCCCGGACAGCUGCCCCCGCGACGACCAGGGUGUUUGACUCCCAGCUGAAAUCUACAAUGUAUGAGGGGGCCCAGCUAAUGGGCUCCCCCCGGCUGCUCCACUACUCGGCCUCCCUCCACCUGGUGGACACGCUGCCCCCUCCCCCCGUACCCCCACCCACGGAGGACACACACAGCCUCAGCUCGGACGAAGGCUCCAGCCGCUCCACCAGGGUCACUGGAGACACGGGUUCCCUGCAGACGCUCCACGAGCCCGAGCCCGACCCUGAGGCGGACGGAGCCUCGUACAGCCGCCAGUCCACCGUGUCCUACUGCCCCUCGCUGGACAAAAGCGCCAUGACAUCACAGGAAGCCACCGCGUACCUGGAGCUCAGCCACAGUCCAGAGACGCGCCGCGGCCAAUCAGAACAGCCCCCCACCUCGGGCCCCCACGGCUCCUUCUCCCCGGACCUGGGCUUCGUCCGCGGGCCCCUGCUGGCCGAACCCCAGGGGGGCAUAGACCACCAGCACCUCCAGAGCCUCCAGCACCUCCACAACCUCCACCACCGCCGUGACGAGCCCCCGACGACGACGACGACGGCGGCGGUGGCCGCGCCCGGCCCCAACAUCUGGCGGCGAGCGCGCCUCUGGAGCUCGCCCUCGUCCUGCUACAGCGAGACGGACGGGGGGUCCGUGUGGAGCACCUGGGGGUCUCUGACGGAGGGCAGCGGCAGCGCCCGCACCAGCGUGGUCAGCUCGGUGGACGGCUCCUCCAUCAGCGACGGGAACUUCGCCCACUUCAUGACGCUGGCGAGCGGCGGGUCGGUCAGCGGGGCGUCCAUGUCGGACUUCUCCCCGCCGCCCUCUCCGUUAAGCGGCCUUUUCCCGCCUUUUUACAGCGAGGGUGACGGGACAGCCGAGCGGGCGCCAGUCCCGGCGUGGGAGUGGAACCUGGCCUGGCUGGAGGAGAUGGAGGCCCGCUACAGGGCCCAGUACCCCGGCCAGAAGCCCUGCGACGCCUAAGAGGGGAAACUACAUAGGAAACAGAGUCGGCGGCCAUUACGGAGACAAAGAGAGAGUCGGCCGGUGAUCAAACUGGCAGGCGGCUGAAGUUCAGGGGGAAGUCAAUCAAUUGCCGCAAGGUUUUUUUGACUUAAGACAAUUCAUUCAUUCAAGUGGUGCAUACAGUAUCUCAUUACUAUUAUCCCCCUCUGUUUGACAUCCACCACCCGCUGCUUGACCUACGAGACCAAACCCGACAGCGCACUGUAGCCGAUACAGUGUUCACAGAUUCUGCUCCCCGCUAACCCUGAGACCAAGCGCAUUGCAUCUCUGCAGAAUGACGGAGCCUGCUUCUGUAACUGCUUGUGUUCCUCUCUUUAAAGGGCAAUGCAGUGUCCAGGGAUUAAAUAGCAACCGUUAGGUUAGCAAUGCAAUUGCUGUAUUUGAAGCAUUGUGUCUCGAAAUCCUAAAGAAACAUCCAACAUUCUGCAAUGUAAAUAUGCAUCAUAUUCAGGAAAUGUUAUUUAAAGAAUUUCCAAAUUAUACUUCUCAUGCAUUUCUCUGUCACAACGUUUUUCUUUUGUAUUUGUAUGUGUGUUUUUUAUUCAUAUUCUUUCAAGUUUUUUUUGUAUUUAGAGUUUGAAAGCUGAGCCACAGUUACGAGGAUAGACAUCUUUGUAGGUUAGAAAGCAACAUUCAUUUUAUUUGCUUGUGUUAACUCAAUAAAAUUCUGCUAAUCAAAGGCACUUAUUAAUUAGAACCAAAUUAUAUUUGCCUCGUUCAUAUUUGUACUUCUUCAUAGAUAUUGAUUAAUAGAUUACAUUUAUAUUUGUUUACUUUUUAUAUAUAUAAAUUGGUGCGUUAUUAACUACUAUAAAUUCUUGCUAUCUUAAAGGGAUAUGCUGAGUUAUCUUUAAACAGGGGUUUUCCUGUUUUAACCAGAUUCAGACGUGGUGUUUAGUACCAAAUUCACCAUUGUUCAGUAGGGGAGUUGCUGGGUUAGCAUUUGCUCUCCGUUAACCACUUCCAUUGACUUGUAGAUUUGGAGUAUACUAGCUCCAGUUGGGAAUAUACACUUUGAAUUGCUUUCUAAAGACUUCCGAGAUUUUCUGAAGAGUCGCUUAUCAACAACAAAGGCCAGUAACAAAACAUUACAUUUCUCUACAAUCACAGAUAAUUAUCCACUAUUUUUUGGCCGCGCUGUGAUCAUAAGGCAUAGACUUCCCAGCCAGAAGCAGGGGUUGGAAUCACAGGUGGUGUGAUUCCCUUAUAGAUGCACAAUGAUGAAUUUGGAAUAAAAUAAACUUGUCUGCAUCUGGAUAAGAAAGUUAACGCCACAUGACAGAGAUCUCACAGUCCCUUUAAAAGUUAAAUAUUUUGUAAUUGCAUUUUUAUUGCAAAACCUAUUUUUUAUCUUUGAAUAUCAGCACAAUAAUCCUGUAAGUUAUAUUGCUAACCUGACUCAGGCUGCAUGUGGGUUCUGUUCGGUGUCUUUGAAUUGAAAUAUUCCAGCAGUGGCUUGCUUCUACAAAGGCAAGAAAGAGACACUGAACACCUUUUAUCCAUUUUAAUAAAAGUUAAACACACAAAUAA